GGCAUCAAGCCCCCAGAUGACUACCAGCCCAAGCUGUUGGGCGCUGCGGGAUUCGAGAUUCUCCGGGCCUCCGCCUCGCGGUCCGAAGUGCUGCCCGUCUCGCGGCAUGACGUCCGGGUCGUCCGUGUGGUGCUCGCCAUGCUGCAAAAGGCCGCCUUUCUCCGCCGCACGAAGGCCCCGGUCAUGAGCGCAGUACAGAAGAGGCUGCUGUGGCGGCUGGGCCUCAACUGCGUUCGGCCGCUCCCUGUCCACAUCGCGAGCGCGCUGAUUGCCGUGUUGGUGAACGCUCGCAAGGACCAGGACACGCUGCUGCAGUGGGCGCGAGAUGCAGCAUCGCGGCCACCCACGCCGGAGCAGGCCGCCCUGCUGACGGCCAACAACGUGGACCCCGCGAAGUGGAAAAACACACUGGCCGCCGCCAAGCAAAUCGAAGAACUGCGCCUUGUCAACGACGGCGCUGCAUCUCCUUUUAGCGGCAGCAGCGCUGCUGCGGCUUUCGACGGCCAGCGGAAAGGUCCUAAGAAGCCCACGGAGAAGCAACUGAAGCUCUUGGAGCGGAUAGGCGUUCGGGGACGCUCCAUACCGACCAGCAGCGGCGAGGCGUCCGCCCUCCUCACAAAGAAGUUCCCCAAGGAUACGGAGUACCGGCGUCGGCGAAGGGGCUUCAAGCCCCCGGACGAGGACCAGCCGCGGCUGCUGGGGGCGGUGGGGCUGAGCUUGCGGCCCGACUCAGAUGUGUACCCCGUUAAGCGGCCCCUCUCGCGGCACGAGGUUCGAGCCAUCCUUGUGGUGCUCGCCAUGCUGCGAAUGGCGGAGUCGGACGAGGCAAUCCCAUUCAUGGGCAGAAACGAGCGAUGCCGGCUGUGGUACCUGGGCCUCAACUGCGUUCGGCCGCUCCCUGUGCACAUCGCGAGCGCGCUGAUUGCUGUGUUGGUGAACGCUCGCAAGGACCUGGACACGCUGCUGGAGUCGGCGCGCGAUGCAGCCUCGCAGCGACCCACGGAGAAGCAGGCCGCCGUGCUGAAGGCCAACAACGUGGACCCUGCGCUGUGGGACAACUUGCUGGCCGCUGAGAGGGAGAUCUCGAAGCUUGGACCCAAGAAGUACAUGGGACAACAGCCCUGAGGGGCAGCGGCGGCUUGCGGGGAGGCCGAUUCGGGGGCAAGAUCAUGCGGGGCUGCGUCAGCUGAGUACAGGCGCUGUAGAUUUGCAAGGGCAGCCAAGUGUGAGCCUGCGGUGGAUGCAGCUGUUUGCCCUUUAGCAAGCGAUACCGGCAGGCUGCUUGAAUGCAGCCAUGUGCCAAAGUAUCUGCGGUGUUGGGUGGUAUUGUGUUGGGUUGGGGUGACAUAGUAACCGUGACUAAAUGUAGUAGGUGGAGGGCUUAUAGGAAAAGGGUCGCGCCGUUGGAGUGCACGGAAUACCCGCCGUCUGGGGCGUAGUGGCGUUGGAGCAGUGACUCCUCGCAAGGCAAGCUCCUUGGUCCGGAUAGAGCCGACAUGCAUGAUGGAUUAAUGGUUGCGGGAAAGGUUCGGCAGAGAGAAUAAGCCUUAUUAUGUUAGCCGUUAAAUAUAAGCUGUUAGCUGGCGUUAGCUGGUGGUUCUGCAUUCGUUUCAAUACCCUGUACGGCAUGC